CCGCCGUCUCCCCCGUCUCGCCCGUCUGCAGACGCGGGGACGGCGGCAGCGCCCGCGGCCUACGGCUCCGGCUGGGCGCUCCUCACGCUCUCUAACGACGGCGCCUUCCAGUACCAGGUGUUCGUGCAGGGCCUCGAGGUGAAGAACCUCACCCUGGAGACGACCCACCGACGGCGACACCGCAUAGUGGACAACAUUACGCAGUUCUACGCGGACUCGUGGGCCAACGGGACCUACAGCCGCCCCACCUACCGCGACCUGGACGCGCUGCUCCGCGGCAAGCUGGAGGUGGUAGCGAGCAGCGGCGACGGCGGCGAGGAGCUGCGCGGGAUGCUGGUGCCGCUGUCCAUCAGAGCGCUCCGCUCGCCGCAGCCCGUGCUGCUGUCGCACCCCGAGCUGCCCAUCGCGGCCACCGUGUGGGUGGCGGUGGACUCGGCCUGCGUCAUGCACUACGACGUCAUGGUGGCCGGGACGCCGCCGGGCAAGGCGCCGGAGCCCUACUGGAACCUGACGCUGCGCGAGGAGGACCGCUCGUGGGACCCGCGCUUCGACAUGAACGUGAUCCGCCUCGAGGACAUCGUGGAGGGCUGGGAGCUCUCGGCACACUCCACCGUGCUCAUGCCCAUGUCGCUGUCCCGCCUCGGCAGCGGCGUCUCCUACCUGGACCUGGCACUGGUCCAGCCCGACGUCGAGGCGAACCCGCCGCCCCUCACCGGCCGCAUCGUGGGCGUCUCCGUGCCGCCCGCGUGCCUCCUGACCAGCCCCAACGAAGCCAACGUGCCGGAAGAGCGCCUUAGCUCCGUCGACACCAACUGCUGGAACCUGACCUGCAUGGACGAGGAGCUGCCCAGGCCGGUCGUCUACAAGUGCAUAGAUGAAGACAAGAACAUCUUCGAGGACGGCACCAGCUGGCCCUCGCCCGUCAACCCGUGCUCCAUGUGCAUGUGCUCGAGGGGCGUCGUCAAGUGCGUGGACUUCGUGUGCCCGAGACUCGAGUGCGAGGACGCCUACACCCCCCCGGGCGAAUGCUGCCCCGUGUGCCCAGGCGGAAAUGACGUAGACACGGGGAGCGUCUGCGAACUGAACAACCUGAAGCACCGAGUCGGGUCGAAGUGGCACCCUUUCCUGGCACCCAAAGGCUUCGACACCUGCUCCGUCUGCACAUGUCUGAUGAGUCGCGCGGACCAGCCGUAUGUCGACUGCUUCAGGUCCUCGUGCCCUCCCCUGCCGUGCCCUGAGAGCGAGAUCGUAUCGAACCCUUCGUCGUGUUGCCCCGUGUGCCGUGAGACCGAGCCCGAGAUGCUGCUGCCCCCCGCCUGGUCGGAGAUGCCCAACGACAGGCAGAACGUCCGGACCAGGAAACAGCAGAGGGAAGACAUCUUGAGAAGAGGAGGCUGUUUGAGAACACAGAGUUCCUAUGAAAACGGAGAAGAGUGGCACCCAAGAGUGGCGUGGAUUGGAGAUUACAAAUGCGUGACCUGCAAAUGUAAGGAUGGCAACAUCACUUGUAGUUACCUCCAGUGCCCGAAGCUAAACUGCCAAGACAAAGUGCAGGUGGGGCAGGAAUGCUGUCUGCGCUGCGCCAACCGGACCAGCAACGGGCCCGUCUUCGAGAGCAAGCUGCGGGGUUGGCCCAGGAGUUCGAAGAAGAACUCGCGCAAGAAGAAGGGCAGCUACAGAAGGCGGAAUUCAGGUUAAUGCAUUGCCGUUGCAUGACUGACUGUAGUGAUACUGUAUAACUGAAAGUCAAUAUGGAGGAAAAAAAAUGAACUGCCGAAUGAUUUAGGCAUUUUGGACAUUAAAACAAGUAUUUAUACCCCUCCCUAUUGAGCUUAUCUUCUGUUCUUGUUACUGGGAAGUCAAACUUGCACAGAUGCCUUUGGCCCCAGUGUGGCAUAGGACGCCGUAGAGAAAAGGGAAGGACACAGCCAUGCUCUGAAGGAAUGCGCAAGACGAAGGAUGCACCACGGGCACAGGUCCUAAUGGCUGCAGGGUGAAAGUGUUGGGUGUGGAAGGGUGACAAUUGGUCCGGGCGGAAGGACCAGUGUGUGCGGGACCUGAGCUGCUGGGCAGAUCCUUAGGGGGAGCACACUCUUCAUCGUGGUGAGAAUGAGGAAAAAGAAAACUUGAAAACUUCUUGAAAGGCUCAGGUCUCGAGCGGACUUUCGUGUCCGCGUAAGAGUAGGACUGAAACGCUGCAUGUUGUAUGGCGACCAAGCAUACUGACUAGGUAACUAUCAAGUAGUGGCUUUGUAAAAAAAAUAUAUGAAAUAUAUUCUAAUAACAAUGAUAAUAAAACACGAAAGAAUAAUAUUGAUAACGACAAUAGCACAGUCACUGAUCUGGACGAAUAACGUAGGAAUGAUAAAUGAAAACUCACCAGUGCCGCUUAAUUGCUCUAUCCACACACAUGGAGCAAGCAUAGAACCAUCUCCCCUGUCUGAUGCUAAAACAAGACAACGUAAACUCUUCCAAGUUACAGAAUGUCUAACCGUCUUUCGAGUUAUUCUGACCACCAUGCAAGAAAAUGCUCAACCGCUCAGCAGCAAUCUGUCUAUGGUACCAAAGAUAACGGGUGUUUCUCAGUCUAAAUUUGCUUGAGUAUGAGGAAAGGAUACGCUCUAAUUGUGAGGAGAUUAGCAUUUUUUAAAAAUUGGAAAUGCUGUAGACAAAUGGCUGUAAUAAUGAUAGUAGCUCAAACCCAGACAGCUUUACACAUACGGAAAUUAAGAUGAGCACCUGUCCAGGCUUAUAAAGGGCAUAUUCACUGGUGCACAAACGAUCACUUUGUCUCCAGCUGUGACUGUCCCUUCACGCUCCACUCUUUUCGGAACAUUAUAACACGUAAAUGGGUUCUGGAAUCUCCUCACAAAUUUCCGUAUUCCCAAGCCACAUCAUAUUCCAUGAAUGCCAAUUCCUGAUGACAUAUGGGCAGAGCUUGUCACCGAAAUAAUGAUAAAAAAAAAACUGGAGUCUGUUCUCCAAGCUCAAUCAUAGACCGAUACUAUAAGUUAGGGCCAGACUACACUGUUAUUCGUGAUCUGUUUUCCGUUUGCUAAUUUUCUUCACAUUAUCAUUUCGUCUCUUGUCUUUACGUGUUAUUAGUUUCAUUAUUAAAAAAUAAUAAUAAUAAUAAUGAAAUGUACAUGCAACCAAAAAAAAAGGAACAAAAAUGAAAACCGAUUUUGCCCAAACAAUGACUCAGCUGAAGAAAGAAAACGGAAGCAGACGCACAGUGAAGUCUGACCCUCGUGUUUACCGUUUCCCAAAUGCUGACGGUUAAAAAGAGGUGCAUUUUGUUCAAACUGUGGAGGCUACCACUUCUAUUCAAUAUGGUGUAAUAGAAAUAGAGAGAGUAAAAAAAAACAUGAAUUUAGAUUAUCUCUUUCUUAGAUUGAUGUGUUGUGAAUCAAGCUUUUUUUGAUGGUAAUGGUCUGGUUCAUGAUCUUCGAGUCGACACCGGGUUCGAGCGAGAGAUUUACUGAAGCCUCGAAGCUCGCUGACUCACGACGAUAAUGAACCAGACCUUUUUUGCGGGAGGAGGAAGAUUACAUAUUUUUGUAAAUGUGUACAUAUAUAUAAGUAGUGUUAAUCAUUAGGAUAGUCCAUUGCUUUAUUAUUUUAAUGCGUAUUUGUGACACGAUGAUAUAUGCACCUUUGUUUUUGUUUUUCAUUAGCGGGACAACCCAUUUUUCACAUCCUCUUGGGAACGAGAGGCAAAAAGAAAAAGAAAGAAAGGAAAAAAAAACAAAAACAAGCGAAGUCUUAAAUCCACAAAGGUCAAAAUCAUCUCUCAGUGUGUCCAGCUAUUCAUGUGGUAUAUGGAUAAGUUUUAAGAUUAUGCAGAGAGGCUAGUUUUCCACCUUAAUUGAAUAGGAGGAGGAUCCCUAGCGACAUUAUCCUAUGUAGUGAGAGCUCGUCGGAACACCAAUCUGACGGGACACUGAGAUUAAGGCAUGAGAACGAGUGGUAUUGACUGAUACUAACAAGGUUCUUUCAAGAGUUCCGUGGGAUACGAAGAGCGAAUCAGUAUUCAUCAAUCUGCCUCAGGUAUCGGUCAUAUUACCAUGAUUCUUUAAAUGUUUUCUUUUCUUUCUGUAAAACAUGUGGAUGGCUGGUAAUCUCAGAUGGCAGCAAGUAAUGACAUUUUACUUAUUGUGUAUAAAUCUAUGAGUUUCAUUAAAGGACCAGAACCGAUAUUUGGUGUAUCCGUUCUCGGCCUUAUGUGCUGAGGAGAUUGACCUUAGCAAUUCGUCCUUUUAAUUCUUAUUCAGUCAAAUCUGGCAGACGUGUGAAUCGUGAGUUUUGAUAAUCAAUACAUUCCUCAGAGCUGUCCAUUACAUUACCCGUUUCCAUUAUGUCAUGUAGAUUAUUACGAUGGCUUCGUUGAGGACUAAAUACUCUGUGUUCGGUGGAAUCAGUCAGUAUAUUCCGUUAUUUAUUAUCAUAUUUGUAUUUUUUUAUUUGAUUUAACUAGUUGGAUUUUUGUCUUCUUUAAUGGUUAAGCAUAGGGAAUGAUUAAUUAUUAGGCGACGUGAGAUGCAAAUCAUAAUUUUAUCCAUAUACCACAUAACUUGAAAGAAAUGUAUCCCAACUCUAGAAACUAAUACUACUUUGUACAUUUUUUUUUUUUUUUUUUUUUAUAGACAUCAGUAUAAUUGGAAACAACCCGAGUCACACAGUAUUUAAAGCAAAUAUCAGUAAGCCUAUAUGAAAUUCCUGGUCAGUAUUGCAUGUCAUAGAGAUGCCUUGUUGCUGUUACUGGAUGGCUUGUACAUCUAGAACACACACACACACUUACAAAAAAAAAAUAUAUAUUAGUGCCCUUAGUUCCAACAGAUGUUAUGCAGAAAUCGCGAUGCCUUUUGACUGCUCAUUGGGACAUCCCACUUUACUUGAUAGAGUUAAUACUGUCACCCUUGCUCCUCUACUCUGUAUUCGAACUCCAGAGGAAACAGGUCCGUUCAAAGAGAAACUUGUGUAUAAACCCCACAUACGAGUAAUGAUGGUAAAAUCAUAAGUCUUCUGGAAAUAAUAUAGCUUGUAUUUUAUGAUAUUGUCAGAGAAUCAUUGCUUGAUGAUAGGUGAAGUUAGCAAUUAUGAGCUUAGGUAGCGAAUACUAUACAGCAAUGUACUCAUGGUAAUGUUUAUAAAUGCUGCAGAUGUUACAUUUGAUGAACCUGUAAUGUAAUUUAGAACUGCAGUUUGCAUGUCAGUCAAAGUAUAUAGGAGUUUAGCUGAUAUAAAUAUUCAUAGGAUGGCCUUGAUAACUCAAGUGGCAGCAAUCAGUUAGAAACAUUUUGUUAGAUUGUAAAAAUAUAUAGUCUCCUUCUUUAAAGAAAAAGAAAAUACAGAUAUUCGAGAAGUUCCUCAAUGGACAUUAUGCAAUAAAAGAUGUGUUUCCUUUGUAAAUAGAGGAAUAGUUACAAACCCACUGAUGAUGCAAGACCUGAAUGUCUGAUGAUUUACACCAAUGGCUAAAUAGAGUAUCCAUUUGCCGGCAGUGAGCCUCAGAAUACUCAACAGCUUCACAGGACAGGCUAUUCAGGAACAGCAUAACCCAUCAUGCAAGUUAUAGCAUAUUAUUUGUGAAUAAAGUUUUCUAUCAAAUGGCUUCUUUCACCGUUGAAAAUAAACACUUAAGACCAACUUUUUCAUCAUCUUCUUUCAUGCCUGAAAGUGCCAGGAAAUGGAAUGUGACGAAGUGGGGGCUACAUAAACUCAAAAGUGUAAUUUCAGUCAUGCACUGUGGUGUAGUGGUGAGAGGCAUAUUGUAUAGAAGACAUUCUUAUUUUUGUCUGAACAACUGUUGUUUAAAAAGCAUGGUAUCACUUGACCGAGACUAACCCCAGGCCAUUUACUUCAAGAUAAGUGCUUCGUCCAAAACACUUGGUGAUGUGGAGGUUUCCUUGAAUUUAUAAGCGUCUGGUACUAUAAUCUCUCGGUAUCAAACUUACCCAAUCAGUGUGGUAUAUUUACCAGCAGUACGCAAGGCUCAUAGUUACCUAUCUUCUCUUAGUUAUUUGUUUUAAAUACCCAGAUUACAGGUAGACUUGAUAAUAGCGGGAUUGUGUCCGAAAACUGGAAAGAUGGUACUGGCUACCAACAGAGAACAGAAUGGCUUGUGAGAAUUUAAAGGAAAAAGAUCGUGACAAAUCUCCUUUCAGCUAAAAUAAGAAAAGAAAAUUGGGAUGUUCAUAAAGCUGUGAAUGAAUUAGAUUAUAUAUAUAUAUAUAUAUAUAUAUAUAUAUAUAUAUAUAUAUAUGAAUACAUGUACAUAGAUAUUUCUUAAAAGUACGUGAUGAAAGGAAAACACCAAAGUCAACUUCUGGAGAUGUUGUCAGUAGUCAAAAAAAAGGAUCUUGUUGGCAGGGUAUAAUACUAUUACUAAGUUAACGUUUAUUUUUCGCGACUAAGUGAUGCAUUUGUGAAAACUGGCAUUUUCAUAUGGAAUUGUAUGAUAACUAAUCAUUUAAUUUAUUUAGCUAUUUCUUUCUGUUCACAGUAGAGGAUUUAGUGACCCAUCAUAGUUACAACAUUUGUACUUGUCUUCUGUAAAUAAAGUUGCGAAAAGCGCUAAUGAUAAUAA